AUGGAUGCCGAUAAAGACAAAUCUGUCGACAGUGUUCAUGUCGAGGCUACUUUGGACACCAUCAACACCACCGAUGUCAAGAAGACCGAGUACCCGGAUCAAGUCAUGGCAUAUGACAUGAGUCUGAAGGAAGCUCUGACAAACUAUCGAGCGGCCAUGUUCUACUGUUUGUUCUUCUGCUUCUCUGCAAUUUUGUGGGGUUACGACAUGCAAGUCAGUGGAGGCCUUCUUGCUGCUCCCGAGUUUCGCGCUGUGUUUGGAUACACCCAGCCGGAUGGCACCACAAUCUUGCCUGCAAGAUGGCAAGCAGCUUUCAACAUGAUUGCCACAGUCGGUGGGAUGAUUGGAAGUUUGAUUUGCGGUCCAAUCUCGCCGUAUGCAGGCCGAAAGAUGAGUUUGAGCAUCGCCUGCGUCAUCUCCAGCGGCUCCAUCUUCUUGCAGUUCUUUGCAUUUACUCGGGGGGUACUUCUUGCUGGAAAGCUGCUCAACGGUAUCUCGCUCGGUAUUUUCCUUGUCACAGCUUGUGCCUACUGUUCAGAAGCUAGCCCUGUUGUGCUGCGUGGAAUCACCAUUGCCAUGGUAAAUCUGUUCGUGGUUAUCGGUCAGCUCCUUGGAAACUGUCUCAUCAAAGCAUUCGGUGCACGAACAGACAAUUAUGCCUACAGAAUCCCCUUUGCUUUUCAGUGGUUUUUCCCUGCCAUUCUUCUCUGUGGAGUAUGGUUCUGCCCCGAGUCUCCUUAUUGGUAUGUUCAGAGGGGUAGACAUUCUGAAGCCAAACGGUCUCUCGAGCGAUUCCAAGCUAGCGGAAGCGUUGAUUCCUGGCUCGUUGAGAUCCAAGAAACAGUCCGGAUGGAGGAAGAAUUCGCAAAGUCUGCCGGCUAUCUGGAUUGUUUCCGUGGAACUGAUCUCCGUCGAACUAUGAUUGUCAUCGCCGUUUGGACUAUCAACUCCUUCAGCGGUGUCAACUUUGUGCUUAGCUACUCUACCUACUUCUUCCAAAUCGCCGGUCUCCCUACAUCGCGAUCCUUCGACAUGGGCGUUGGUGUGACUGCAGUUGGUGUUGUCGGAAACAUCUGCUCAUGGUUCGUCAUCAACACCAUCGGCCGCAGAUCCCUCUUCCCAGGCAUGGUGAUUCUCACUGUGAUUGUAUUUAUAAUUGGCAUCCUCGACGUUGUACCGAACUACAACUCGUCGGUUGCAUGGGGACAGUGUGUUUUAAUCGUCAUCUGGAACUUCUUUUACGAUCUGACUCUGGGUCCUCUUGGAUAUGUGAUCUGCGGAGAGAUGUCUUCUACGAGACUACGAUCAUAUGGCGUGAGCAUUGGCUUCUUUACGCAAAACUUCUGGACCCUGAUCAUGACUAUCACCGUCCCUUACAUGAUCAAUCCCGAUGAAGGUGAUCUUCGCGGCAAAACAGGCUUUACAUUCUUUGGCUUCUCGGUGAUUGCUUCCAUCUGGACUUACUUCUGUCUCCCGGAGACCAAAGGUAGAACCUUUGAGGAGCUGGAUCAUAUGUUUGAGCAAAAGGUUCCGGCGCGACAAUUCGCAAAGCAUGAUACAAGAGCAUUCAUUGCAUCAGCUUAG